CAACACUCAGCCCACUUUGAGAAAUCGAGCCAACGACACCACAGGGCUUCUGUAUUCUUCACAUAAUUAGUAAUCAUGGGAUUUGGGGUUAACAACAGGCAGAAGAAGCCCUCCUUCUCUCUGGCCAGUCUUUUCAAGCCCCGACGAGUUCAUAGAGUGGAGGAUUCCUGGGCGGAGGAGCCGGUGAGUGGCCGAAGAAUGUGGCCUAGCGAUGAAGACAAACGUUAUCAGUGGGUGGCGGAGCCUGGAAUUGAUAGGAAAGCUUCAGUCUUCAUUGCCAAUUUCCAUGCAACUCGCAUCUCCGAAUCACUCAGUUGUCAGGCUCCUGAAAACGCCUCAACUUAAUCUCAUCAUCAUUUCAUUCAUUUCUGCAGUCACCUUGCAUGCUCUCUCAUCACUCUCUAGCCACUAUUUCUCUAUACUACUUACGUUGUAUUAGUAGUAAUUUAAUUCUAAAGUUGUUUAUAUUGAAUAAUGUUGUGAAAUACUGUAACAAAUAUCAAAUCAAUAAAUAUUUGUAGAGAUU